CCGACGACGAUGCGACGCGCGACGGCGGCGACGACGGCGACGACGGCGGCGACGGGACGCGCGCGCGUUUCGCGACGCGCGCGCGCGAGUUUCGCGACGCGAUGGACGGCGACGCGACGACGCGCGACGCACGACGCGACGGGACGCGCGACGAUUGGGAAUCGACGCGGCGGCGGCGCGAUGGACGGCGCGCGCGCGGCGCGGGACGACGGCGCGACGAGGGCGACGGGGGAGAAGCGCGAGGAAACGGCGACGCGAUGGGACGGCGCGACGACGCGCGCGGACGGCGCGAGGAGGGCGCCGGGGGGGGGGCGCGCGGCGCUGUUGGCGGCGCUCGCGCUCGCGGCGUCGACGGGCGCGCUCGCGACGCCGCGAGCGGCGAACGCGGGAACCGGGGAUCGGGUGAAGACGUCGACGGUGGUGGGGAAGCGCGCGGGCGCGAUGAGGGCGCUGGAUGAGUUUGACGCGCUGCGCGGAAGGGUGCGGAAGACGACGACGGACGCCAUGCGGACGAGCCUGCAGACGGUGGGCGAUUUCAUGGGACGCGUCGAGGCGAAGACGCAAGAGGAUUGGCACAUCGAAGACGUGUGGGUGCUAGUGGCGUGGAACUGGUGCAUCCGUCGAGGACGCGAAAAAUUGUUCGAGGCGGCGGAGCGCGCGAAGAACGCGCUCAACCCUUCUCGAACGCCGAAAACGUUUCGAGGGUCGUUUCUGGACUGGUUCAGGCAACCGAUGCAGCUCAUUCAAGCGCUCUUCGUGUUGAGCUACGCCUUCGACGUCGGUUGCGAUAUGAUCGAUCAGUUAUCCACGGAAUGGGACAUUCCGGAUAACAUAAAGCUCGGCUUCGAUAAAGGAUCGUACACGUUCGCGACGGGAAUUUUGGUCGUGAUGGUGAUUCAAAACUACGGACCGAGAUUACUCGGUAGAUUUUUCCCGUCGAUACGAUACGACGCAUCGCUACAACUCGUCAUCACGCGUCUCACGAGCGCGUUCGUCGUCGUCGCCACGCUCAUGCUCACGCUCGCCGCGUUCGGCAUUCCAGCCCAAGUUCUCUUCUCUUUCGGUGGCCUCGGAGGUUUGGCUUUCGGUUUGGCGGCGAAAGAUUUCAUAAGUAACCUCAUCGGAGGCUUGGUGCUCGCCGUGAUGCGCCCGUUCAAGGUUGGCGAAAAGAUUUAUCUCACCGGCGGCGGCGGCAAGUAUCGAGAUUCAAAGGAAAAAGACGUCAGCAAUUAUAAAGUGGACGAGAUCGGUUGGUAUCAAACCAGACUCAUCCCCAAGGAUGGCAAAGUCACCACCAUACCGAACGGUUAUUUUCUCGGCGCCAACGUCAUCAAUACCUCUCGAGAACCGAACGAGUUCGUCGGACCGCAGCUUCGCAUAGCGAUUCCUGAUUACGAAGGCAUCCCGGCGCUGACGGAGGAAAUCACGACCUUCUUGACGAACCAUCCCGACGUGCACGCGUCGUACAAGCCACCGCUUUGCGUGCUCAAGAAGAUCGAUGUCGACCAUCUUUCAGUUCAAAUCGAGCUGUUCAUGUACGGUGACGCGCAUUAUGGCAAAAAGAUUUGGAAAAAGAAACGCGAACUGGUGCUCAUCGAUUUACUUCGCAUCGUAAAGAAACACUGCCCGAACUCUCCGGCGCUGCCGGUCUCCGAGGUCGACGGCUACGUCAAAUAGCAGAAUACCACUCAAAUAAUUGAAUACACCAGCGGA